AUGCUGCCCGUUGUGUCCUCUAGCUCAUACUCCGUCUUUCUUCUGCAGGUCGUGCCCGCCAUUGAAGGCACGAUAGGUGCUUCAUCGGAGGCUGAUUUUGCCCUUCCCACUACUGUCGCUGAAGUUGUCCUGAGCCUUCCGGCAGUGCAACCUCCUCCUUCUCCUGACCCAUGUACCUCUGACAUGGCUGCUGAUGCCUCUCCACUACUUCCAACAGUUCCUCCUCCUAUUUCUCCAAUUCCGAACGUACCUGCCAUAGCUUCCGGCACUGCUCUACUUCUUCCAGCAGCACAUCCCCUUACUCUCCCAAUCUCGAGCACACCUGACAUAGCUUCCGGCACCACUCCACCUCUUCCAGCAGCACAUCUCUGUGAUAAGAAUGUUGGUGCUUUUAUCGCAGGUUCCUCAAAAGGGCCUUCAUUCGAGAAAGGCAUGUCUUGGCAAGAUUGGGAGAAUUCCUACACGGCAUUCAAAGCCUUCUUUGAUGGUGGUGUCACCAUUCUUAGAUCCAUUGAUGAACUUCUUCCGCUUUGCCACAGAUUCGAUGGUUAUGCAACAUUCCAAGGCGCCCUUGUGUAUCCAGAGACGGUUGGAGCCUUGAAAAAGUUCAUGGACAAAUACGGGAGUUUGCUGGAAGCUACAGAUGUCACCUCCUCUUUCUCAAGGGGUACUGCCCUUCGAGCGCUUGGCUUAGUACUUCAUGGGAUGGACACCAUGCAACUCCUUGAUAUUACAGAUCAUAAACUGCUCUGUUGGCGAGAUGCAAUAUGCGAGGCCAUGAUUCUGGGCUUUCCUGUGGAAUUUCUCCUUAAACUCGUGAAGAGCUUAGCACGUGCCGUUUUUGGAGCACGGGCCAUUCGUAGUAUGCAAUUAUCGCAUGAUUCCGAUGAAGUAAAAGCCGCUGCAGACGCCUUGAAUAUUAAACAGCAAGAGUUGGAAAACCAGCGCCGGGAGAUGCAUGCCCUUCUUCUUGCUAAGGGAGUUUCUGUUGACAGCGCUGAGUGCGUGACGGAGGCAGCAGCCAGAUUAUCUCCUGGGGCUUCCUUUGUUCUUUUCGGACAUUCCCCAUAG